AUGAAGUAUAAAGAUAGACGGCAGUAUGGGCCGGAUCAGCCGGUUGAGUUCCUCGAGUUCCGACCCACUUUGGUGCCCACAAUCCUAGUCAACAAGUUGUGGGCAGAUGAGGGCACCUCUAUCCUUUGGUUGGUGAUGAGACGCUACCCGCACCUUCCAUCUUUGAAGCACAUGCCCUUGGAGCGAAGGCAAUACUACGCCAACAAGGUCCAUUAUGUCUUCUCGCUAAGUCCACCACCAGGAUCCGUGGAGACUUUGGAUUAUCUGACAGGCUUGGCAUGGCCCAAUUUGAAGAGCUUGGAACUUGAAGUCGACCUGCAGCGAUAUGGUUCACCGUACAUUAGCAUGCUACAUGCCGGACUUGAGCAUGUGGAACUGUCAGGGUACCAAAGCGGAGGAUCCAAGUACUUUACUGACACCAUCCUCCCAACUCUCUUCAAUCUGAGCAGCAUACGUAUUGGGCCCGAUACAAUUCUGGACGAAGAUCCUGUGCACGUCAGCGUCCUGUAUCAAUAUCUAGAUGCAUGCCCCUCAAUCAAAGCCAUCGAAGUCAAGUCCCUCAAUCUCAUGGACAAGGAUGCUUUGUUUACGCGAUUGAGUCAACGGCAAGGACUAGAGAGUCUGCAGAUUGAUCUUGAUCCCGGUGUCGCUCUGAUCCCGCUUCUUUCGGGACCAAAUGCCCUACCGUUUCCCUUUGCGUCUCUCACACGGUGCUUCAUAAUGUGCUACCCCGAGGUUGCGCUGGCACUUCCCAUACAUCUACGGACAAUUGAAGAAUUACAAAUAGACAUCGCAAGAGCACCAAUCUCACCCCAUCAGCCUUCCGACUUUGGCAUCCUCGAGGAUAUGAUAGCCGAGCUGUCCCACUGCCCUUCACUGCGGAUUCUCAAGGUCGGCAUUAGCUCUUUGGCCGAUGAUUUCCCAUCUUCUAUCCUGCUUCCAAGAUUAUCCGGAUCUGCUCUUGGUAGACUUGGGAAGACAUGCCCGAAAUUGGAGGACGUCAAUCUUCUAGCUACCGAGCCAUCAGCGAUCGACGGCUCGUCGAUAUCGAGCGAAGACUUUGAUAGCUUCUGCAAGUCACUUCCGUACCUGCGUAACCUAAGUUUGAAGCUGCAACCCACGACUGCGUCAGCUUUGCAAACGACAGCACUUCAAAGCUUAGGCCGGCAUUGUCCAGAGCUUGAGGUUUUAAGAUUGAAAGUCGCCUUUCAACUUGAUAGAAUUUCAGUCCCUGGUGCCGUACCGCAGAUUCUAGUAAGCGACAGUACGUUUGUGCCCGAAUUGCUAGAUCAGCAACACAUCUCUGUUCUUUUCCCGAAGCUCACCCAUCUUGCCUUGGCUCGCCCAGACACCGCACUCGCACCGGUACCCGACUCUUUCACGAACUCUGUCUCCUCGCACUCAACCUCCAUCGUCGACCCCACUACAGAAGAGGACCUCGUGCGCUCCUGGGCACAUCCCCUCCUUAUCCACUUCCCUCGCCUAGAAAUCCUCGAAGCGUGGGGCGACUUCAGCGGCGAGGACAAUGAGUCCCUCAAUUACUUUCUGCCCACCCAAGAGAUUCUAGCUUCGACGUGGGAGUUCCUCAGCGGUAUCGAGCAAGACCUAUGGGAGGAUGACGAAGAGUCGCUCGAAGAAGGCGAUAGCUGGAACUCUCUUGAGGAUUGGGAGAAGGCCAGUCUGAUCAACGAGUUUGCGUUUGGCGAGGAUGGGCCGGUAGACGUGGAUGAGUUGUAUCCUGAUGUGGGAAAGCUUGCGGUACGCGAUGAAGAGUCGGAAGGUAUGAUUACCCCAGGUCGGACAUUGGACCCUGGCGACUACUUUCAAGACGUGCCAGCACAUGGUUGA